GGUAUAUCCACCGGCCAUUUUGUCAAGGGUCUUCCCCGCAAACACGACGGGUAUGGCCAUGAUGUCUCGAUCAGAGAUCAGCGCAUACCGUCGAUCUUUACUAAUAGUAUAGCAUUAUGUAGAUGACCAAGGUCGAAACCCUAUUUAAAUAUCAAACCCCCCCCCAUCGGAUAUGAGUCGAUCGGAAGACAUCGCUUCGCGUCUGCCUGGAUUUCCUAGCGCUGCACUUUAGCCAUGCAUACCCACAUCUUCAAGGCCUUCCUAGGUCUUAGCACAUUAUCUCUAGUCCGAGGGUAUGAUGGUUCUCGUCACUUAUGGUAUAACACACCUGGAACCGAGUUCAACGAGGGCCUCGCCAUCGGGAACGGUCGCAUCGGCGCACUCAUUCUAGGGUCUGCGACUGAAACCAUCAUCCUCAACGAGAAUUCGGUCUGGAAUGGCACAUUCCAAGAUCGCAUUAACAACGCGUCCCUGGAAGCUUUUCCCGUUGUCCGCCAGCUACUGAGAGAUGGCAACUUGACCGAGGCUGGCAAUCUUGUGUUAGAAAAUAUGUCGGCAAAUCCAACUGUGAACAGAGCCUACAGUGUGACUAACAAUCUUGUCAUUGACCUUGGCCAUUCAGAAGGAGACUGGGAGAACUAUGAGCGUUGGCUAGAUACGCUUCAAGGGAAUGUAGGGGUCAGCUACACCAUAGGCAGCAUUACCUACAGCCGCGAGGUUAUUGCCCAUUUCGACAGUGGCAUAAUCGCCGUCAGGCUAAAUGCAAGCGGAAAAGGUGCCCUGAAUGUCAAGGUCGGGCUAUCACGGUCUAGAGGUAUUCUCUGGCAAGGCGCAGCCAUAGAGAACAAUACUGUGACGCAGAAUGUUGGAGGGUCAGACGCUGGCUCAAUAGCUUUUUCAUCUGGGGUCCGAGUGGUUACAGAUGGAGACAUAAGCACCAACGGCACCUCCCUGACGAUUAGCGGCGCAACGGCUAUUGAUCUCUUUUAUGAUGCCGAAACUGAGUUUCAAUGGCCUAGUCAAGUGUUGUAUGAAGAAUCUGUCGCAAACAAGCUUGUUGCUGCGGUCUCAAGUGGUUUUGACAAUCUCAAGUCCGAGGCCAUUGAAGACCACGCUGAGCUAAUUGGCCGUGUAAAGCUGGAUUUCGGAUCUAGUGGCGAUGUGGGACUUCUUUCGACAGUCGAACGGAUUGCCAAUUACAAAGAGGACCCGGACGCCGAUCCAGAGUUCGUUGCGUUAACCUACCAGUUUGGCCGCCACCUCCUUGUGGCUGCCUCGCGAGAUACGGGCGGUAAUCUUCUUGGUGUUCCAGCCAACUUGCAGGGUAUCUGGAAUGAUAACUAUUUACCACCAUGGGGCGGCAAAUACACUGUCAACAUCAACACCGAGAUGAACUACUGGCUCGCCGAAUCCACCAAUCUGAUUGAAACCCUCCCGCCGCUCUGGGAUCUCAUGGCACGGGCGCGAGAUCGAGGCAAAGAAGUGGCACAGCGGAUGUACGGCUGUCCUGGAUAUGUUUCUCAUCACAACCAUGAUGUUUUUGGAGACUCUGCACCUCAUGAUAACGGGACUCAGUGGACCAUGUGGCCAAUGUCCAACUUGUGGUUAUUGAGCCAUAUGAUGGAGCAUUAUCGCUUUACUGGCGAUCAAACCUUUUUGAAAGAGACGGCAUGGGAUCUGUUUUACGACGCCGCCACUUUUUGGAACUGCUACCUCUUUGAGUUUGACGGUCACACGUCGAGUGGGCCAUCGAUCUCCCCAGAGAAUAGUUUCGUGAUUCCCAAUAACAUGUCCGUUGAAGGAAAGGAUGCAUCUAUUGAUAUUUCGCCAACCCUGGAUACUUCCCUUCUCCGCGAAUUUUUGUCAAACAUACUCAUUAUCGCGUCGGACCUUGGCAUCGCGCUUGCGGGUGACGCAGUUCUCUCUAACGUUCAGUCACUCCUCGACAGGCUCCGGCCAGCAGAGAUCGGGAAAUAUGGCCAAAUCCAAGAAUGGCGUCUCGAUUAUGAAGAAGCUGCUCCCGAUCAUCGCCAUAUAUCUCAUCUCUGGGACCUCUUUCCUAACAGCCGCUUCACACCGCUUGUCAAUAAGACUCUAGCAGAUGCGGCGCGUGUAUCUAUUGAACGACGUCUUGCUGCCGGAGGCGCAGCUACUGGAUGGUCUCGAAGUUGGGUUGCAGCGUGCUUUGCUCGACUACUCGAUGGCGAUCAGUCAUACAACCAAACCCAACUUCUUCUACAAGGCCAUGUCAUGACCAACAUGUUCCACAUGAUCAAUGUUGGCAGCAACCUGUUUCAAAUUGAUAGUAAUUUCGGGGUUGUUGCAGCGAUCACUGAAUCGCUACUUCAGAGCCAUGCUGGACUCGUCCAUUUACUUCCGGCCCUGGCGCAGAAAGUACCCAAAGGCUCGAUCACGAAACUUGUGGCACGUGGUGGGUUUGAAGUUACCAUUAGUUGGGAGGACGGAGCUCUCGCUGAGGCCUCUAUCUAUUCGAGACUUGGCAGCCCAUUGGCGGUCAAAGUCGCAAACGGGGUCGACUUCAAGAUCAACGGUGAGUCGAUUAAGAGCAUCGAAACAACAGCGGGAACCACUUAUACGAUUACACUCACAUAGGUUAGUUGGAGCACUCCAAGCAUAUUUGAAGUAAUCACAUAGAACGUUGUCCAGAUUCUAUCGCGGAAUCUGUGUAUUGCUUGAUACGACGUGCUCAUACUAUAUCAAACCCACCGAAUAAUCCUAAGUAAAAUGCUACGAACAUCGUGACUACUACUGCAC